AGUACGCAGGAGGAGGGGAGGGGGAGCGCGAGGAGCGACUGUUCCGGGUCAGACACAGGAAUGGGAGGAAAAAAAAAACAUUAAAAAAGGUGCCCGAGCUCCAGCCAGAAGCGAGCCGUGCGCCUUCGGAAUCCAACCCACGACUUGCGAGAUCCAGGCGCAACUGGCUGAACAACAGGCUCCCAAGAAGAAGCAAUCGGAGGAAGAUUUCUUCAGCCCCUUUUCUUCUUUUCUUUCAUAGCAACUGCUGCUUGUUCCUUUCUGGAAUUGGAGGACAGGCUGAAAGGGAAGAAAGUGUUUCCUCCUGCCCCCCGCGAUCGAUUUUAGAGGCCGUCGCCGCUGCUUCCUUCUCCCUCUUGGGGACUAGUCGCGAGGACGAGUCAGAGGAGACAGAGAAGAGGGCGCCAGGGAAGGCGGCCGUGGGGACGCGCUUCAGAGCCCGGCGUCGGCGAGGUUGCUAAGGGGCGGGCUUGGCCGAGCACCCCCUCACCCCACGCGCCGUGGGUUUCCGAGGGCACAAGCAGCGCGGGCUCGGGAGGCAGGGUUUCAAGUGGAACUCGCCCAGAAGAGGAGGAAAGCGGAGCGAGCAGGCGGGGGCAGCUGAAAGACCGGGGCGGCGCGCGCCUCCCCUGCCCGAGUGGCCGCCAGAGCCCUGCGCGGCUUCGGCGGGUGUCUGGCAGGCGAGCGGGCGGACGGGCGGGCGUUGUUGCUUCGCCGCCGCCGCCGCUAUGUUUCAUUGCAUACCGCUGUGGCGGUGCAACCGUCAUGUGGAGAUUAUCGAUAAGCGCCACUGCUCGCUGGCCGCCGUGCCUGAGGAAAUCUACCGCUACAGCCGCAGCUUAGAAGAACUCCUGCUGGACGCCAACCAGCUGCGCGAGCUGCCUAAGCCUUUUUUUCAACUUGUAAAAUUACGAAAACUUGGGCUUAGCGAUAAUGAAAUCCAACGACUUCCGCCAGAGAUAGCAAACUUCAUGCAGCUGGUAGAACUUGAUUUGUCUCGAAAUGAUAUUCCUGAAAUCCCUGAAAGCAUCUCAUUUUGCAAAUCAUUACAGGUAGCAGACUUCAGUGGAAAUCCUCUCACCAGGUUGCCUGAAAGCUUUCCUGAACUACAGAAUCUAACAUGCCUCUCUGUAAAUGACAUCUCUCUUCAAGCAUUACCUGAAAAUAUCGGAAACCUCUAUAACCUGGCAUCACUGGAAUUAAGGGAGAAUUUAUUAACAUAUUUACCUGAGUCAGUUGCCCAGCUGCAGAGACUAGAAGAACUAGAUUUAGGGAGUAAUGAACUUUAUAAUUUGCCAGGAACUAUAGGUGCACUUUAUAAUCUUAAAGACCUCUGGUUAGAUGGAAACCAGUUGGCUGAAAUACCUCAGGAAAUAGGAAACCUGAAAAACCUGCUGUGUCUGGAUAUCUCUGAAAACAAACUGGAAAAGCUACCUGAAGAGAUAAGUGGUCUGACCUCUGUAACUGACCUCCUCAUCUCUCAGAAUCUUCUUGAAAUGUUACCAGAUGGUGUAGGAAAAUUAAAAAGGCUAUCCAUCUUGAAGGUUGACCAGAACAGGCUUAUUCAAUUAACAGAAGCAGUAGGAAACUGUGAAAGUCUUACAGAAUUAGUUCUUACAGAAAACCAGCUGCUGACUUUGCCAAAGAGCAUUGGAAGACUAAAGAAGCUGAAUAUAUUGAAUGCUGACAGAAACAAACUUGUAUCUUUACCUAAAGAGAUCGGUGGGUGUUGCAGCCUAAAUGUAUUUUCAGUACGGGACAAUCGAUUAUCUAGGAUUCCACCAGAGAUAUCUCAUGCCACAGAACUUCAUGUUCUUGAUGUAGCUGGAAACAGGUUGAUUCAUCUUCCCAUGUCACUGACUAGCCUGAAACUGAAAGCUUUGUGGUUGUCUGAUAACCAGUCUCAGCCUUUGCUUACGUUCCAGACAGAUACAGACCCUGAAAUGGGAGAAAAAAUUUUAACAUGUGUUUUACUUCCUCAAAUGCCUUCUGAGCCUAGUUGCCAAGAUAACCUUCCCCGGUGUGGUGCAUUGGAGAACUUGGUAAAUGAAAUGUCAGAUGAGACAUGGAAUGAACGGGCAGUAAACAGAGUCAGUGCAAUCCGCUUUUUAGAAGAUGAAAAAGAUGAAGAAGACAAUGAAAUGAGGACACUUCUAAGGCGAGCCACUCCACACCCUGGGGAAUUAAAGAACAUGAAAAAGACAGUGGAGAAUUUACGGAAUGAUCUGAAUGCUGCUAAAGGACUGGAUACAAACAAAAAUGAGGUCAAUAAUGCCAAUGACAGAGUGACCACUUCUGUGUAGAGCCUCACAUCCUCCAGGUUGUUGCUCCUGUGUCUUCCCUCUGCUGUCGAAACAUUACUGUUGCAUCCCGGAAAUGCCAUCCAUUCAAUUCUCAUGUGUUUUUGACCAGAAAUCCAACUCACCUUGUCCUUGUGUCAUUUCUUGGGAAGGUGCUUCUCACCGGAAGGAAAGUGCCUUACUUCAUUCCAGGCAUUUGAACACAGAGGGCACAAGUGCACUGAGCAAUGCUUCCUACACUCUUGUUCUUUGCUUGCAUAUCUCCUGUUUGUCUGCCAGUGGAUUUCCAGUGCUGCCAUUUUCAUAGAUUUUAAGUGGUUUUCUGUUUUUGGGAUAAGGGGAAUACACUAUUAUAGAACCUUGGUUGGUUUUCUACUAAGACAUUCUCCUUAAAUCCCUCUGUGGCUGAAGUAUUUAUAUGGCUGUUUGACUUACCAUGAAAAGAAAUAGUUAUGUGGAGAAUUUAUACUUUUUACCUCCUUGGCAGCUCAGAUGGUGUAAAUUUUAUAAUUUUGUAUAGGAGUUUCAUAACAAAACCAAAUGUUUUUAAAAGAAAAUUUAAAAAGUAGAUUUUGCUAUUUCUAUUGGAUUAAUUCCAAAGACGUUCAUGUUUGUCCUAUUGCAUGUGCCUUAAUACAGCCUAAAUCAAGCUAAACAAAAAAGUAGUGAGAUUAGUUAAAAGCAGGGUGCCUCUUUCAGUGUGUUUUCUUGCAAAUAAUUAACUUUUACUCUCCUUUGCAAAAGUUGUUAAAGGCAUCUCUUUUCUACUAUUAUGAUGAUGCUAGAUCUUCAAACUCUGCCUGCCUUAAGAUAUGAUUCAUUCACAAUUAUGAAAAAUAAGUUUGGCUGCCAAAGCAUUGCAGUCACUAGAAUUUCAGUGCCCAUCUUUAACUAUACCAUCUGUAAACAAGUUUUAAAAAACUGAACAAAAUUCACAGCAGCAAGUGCAUAUGUUGUGGAAGCAAAUGUUACAUGCUAAACAGACAAGAUAUUCUCAUAUGUUUAAAAGGUUUUAUAGAUAUAUAAAACCUAAUAAAUACUUUAAGAAACAUAA